GACGUUCCGCAGCGCCUCCGGCAGUCCGGCCACUCCCAAAUCCACUCCGUCUCCGCCCGCUGCGGCAAGGCGCCAGCGCCUGUGCCCCCCGGACCGGGCUUCCACUACGGCGCCUCCCCUCCCCUCCCCUCCGGGGCUCCAUCUGCCGCUACCUCCAUUCCCAGUCCCUGUGCCGGCGUCCCUACAAAAUCAUCUCCGAGUUGAGCAGUCCUAGCAAAUCAGAUGGCUACACCUGUACCAAUACAGGAAAACCUGAUGCUGGAACCCAGUAAGCCACGGGUCCUCCUUGCUGCUUCAGGAAGUGUAGCUGCUAUAAAAUUUGAGAGCCUCUGUCGUAUCUUCUCUGAGUGGGCAGAAGUCCGAGCUGUGGCAACCAAGUCAGCAUUGCACUUUGUUGAUAGGUCAUCUCUGCCUAGUGACGUCAUUCUGUACACUGAUGAUGAUGAAUGGUCUAGCUGGAAGAAGAUAGGGGAUGAGGUUCUACACAUAGAGCUGAGGAAGUGGGCAGAUAUCAUGGUGAUUGCUCCAUUAUCAGCAAAUACAUUGGGCAAGAUUGCUGGUGGGUUAUGUGACAACCUCCUGACGUGCAUCGUGAGAGCAUGGGACUACAAGAAACCACUCUUUGUCGCGCCAGCCAUGAACACCUUCAUGUGGAGUAACCCGUUCACAGGGCGCCAUAUCAAGAUAAUCAACCAACUCGGCAUAUCUUUGGUCCCACCCAUCACGAAAAGGCUGGCCUGUGGGGACUAUGGGAACGGUGCAAUGGCCGAACCUUCACAGAUCCAUACGACCGUGAGGCUCGCGUGCAAGGCACAGACAUUUGGUACAGGCAGUCCAUGUGUGAUGCCUUCCAGCAGCAACCCUGCCUAGCUGAUGCGAUGAUAGAU